UUACUUAUCCUCUCAUACCACGCCUGGAAAAUAAUCAUGAAUUGGUGUUGUGGGAAUUUGUGUGCAAAAACCGCUGCCCCUGUAAAAAUGCCACAGACGAAUAAAGCGAAUAGUUCAGCAGCAGGAGGCCCUGGGAUGGUGUCUGGCCCAGACCAUGGUGAACCUCCGCCGCCUCAAGCUGAGCCAAGAGAGCUGGCCGCAGGGGAUGGUGCAGGAGCUGACGAAGACCAGGAAGACGUUCAGAUCAACAAAUCACCCAGCGAUCCCAAGAAGUACAGGUAUAUCAAGCUGAACAAUGGCCUGAGGGUUCUUCUCAUCUCAGACUUCAGCGGAGCAGACGGCAAGGACGCCUGCAGAGAGGAUGAGGAAGAGGCAGCAUCAGGCGAGGGAGAUGAAGAAGAGGGGGAUUCAGGGGAGGGCACAGAGGAGGAGGAAGAGGAUGGUGAGGAAGAGCACGACAGUGACUUUGAGGAGCUGGAUGAGGAGCAAGAAAGGAAACAGAAGUUGGGGAGCUCCGAAAAACAGUCUGCAGCUGCUCUCUGUAUUGGUGUUGGGAGCUUCAGUGACCCGGAGGACCUUCCAGGCCUGGCCCAUUUCCUGGAGCACAUGGUGUUCAUGGGCAGUGAGAAGUACCCUGCUGAGAACGGCUUUGAUGCCUUCCUGAAGAAGCACGGCGGCAGUGACAACGCCUCCACCGACUGUGAGCGGACCAUCUUCCAAUUCGAUGUCCAGAGGAAGUACUUCCGCGAGGCACUUGACAGAUGGGCCCAGUUCUUCAUAUGCCCCCUGAUGAUUGAAGAUGCCAUUGACAGAGAGGUGGAGGCAGUGGACAGCGAAUACCAACUGGCUCGGCCAUCAGACUCCCACCGCAAGGAGAUGUUGUUCGGAAGCCUGGCCAAGCCCAAGCAUCCAAUGGGGAAGUUUUGCUGGGGAAAUGCUCAGACCCUGAAGCACGAGCCCAGAGAGAGGAAUAUCAACACCUAUCAGCGUCUCAGAGAUUUCUGGAAAAGAUACUACUCCGCCCAUUACAUGACCCUCACUGUGCAGUCCAAAGAGACAUUGAACACACUGGAGGAAUGGAUUAGAGAGAUCUUCAGCAAGGUGCCCAACAAUGGUCAACCAAGACCUGACUUUUCUGACCUCCAGGAGCCGUUCGACACACCUGCCUUCAACAAGCUCUAUAGAAUUAUCCCUGUGAGGAAGGUACAUGCUCUGACCAUCACCUGGGCGUUGCCCCCUCAGGGCAAGCAGUACAGGGUGAAGCCCUUGCACUAUAUCUCCUGGUUGAUUGGCCACGAAGGCACUGGCAGCAUCCUGUCCCUGCUGAGGAAGAAGUGCUGGGCCCUGGCUCUGUUUGGAGGCAACAGUGAGACGGGCUUUGACCAGAACACCACCUACUCCAUCUUCUCCAUCUCCAUCACGCUUACUGACGAAGGCUUCCAGAACUUCUAUAAGGUGGUCCACCUGGUCUUCCAGUAUAUGAAGAUGCUCCAGACUCUGGGUCCACAGCAGAGGAUCUAUGAAGAAAUUCAGAAGAUCGAAGCCAAUGAGUUCCACUACCAGGAGCAGACUGACCCCAUAGAGUACGUGGAGAACAUCUGCGAGAACAUGCAGUUGUUCCCCAAAGAGGACUUCCUGACAGGAGACCAGCUCAUGUUUGACUACAACCCAGAGGUGAUCUCCUCGGCCCUGGCCAUGCUCACCCCAGAGCGGGCCAAUCUGCUGCUGCUGUCCCCGGAGCAUGAAGGCAACUGUUCCCUUAAGGAGAAGUGGUUUGGCACCAAUUACAUGGUCGAGGAUAUCCCUGAGGAAUGGAAACAGCGCUGGGCUGGAGACUUUGACCUCAACCCUGACCUUCACUUGCCUGCUGAGAACAAGUUCAUUGCUACGGAUUUCACCUUGAAACCAUCUGACUGUCCAGACACAGACAUCCCAGUCCGGAUCGUGAACAGCGAGAGAGGCUGUCUCUGGUUCAAGAAGGAUAAUAAGUUCAAGAUACCUAAAGCGUAUGUCCGUUUCAACCUCCUGUCCCCAGAGAUUCAGAAAUCCCCAGAAAACCUGGUUCUGUUUGACAUGUUUGUCAACAUCCUGGCCCACAACCUGGCCGAGCCGGCAUAUGAGGCUGACGUGGCCCAGCUGGAGUACAAGCUGAUCGCCGGGGAGCACGGCCUUGUCAUCAGAGUCAAGGGCUUCAACCACAAGCUGCCUUUGCUGUUGAACCUGAUAGUUGACCACCUGGCUGACUUCAAAGCGGAGUCGGGUGUCUUCGCCAUGUUCUCUGAGCAGCUGAAAAAGACCUACUUCAACAUACUCAUCAAGCCAGAGAGGCUGGGCAAAGAUGUGCGUCUGCUGAUCCUGGAACACUGUCGCUGGUCGGUCAUCCAGAAGUACCAGGCCAUCAUGAAGGGCCUCACGGUGGAUGACCUCAUGACCUUUGUCAGCGGCCUUAAAGCCCAGCUUUACGCUGAGGGGCUUGUUCAGGGAAACUUCACCAGCACUGAAUCAAUGGAAUUUCUGCAGUAUUUUAUUGACAAGCUGCAGUUCAAGCGUCUCUCUGCAGAGGUCCCUGUGCUGUUCAGAGUGGUGGAGCUUCCCCAGAAGCAUCACCUCUGCAAAGUCAUGUCCCUCAACAAAGGAGACGCCAACUCUGAAGUUACUGUCUAUUACCAGUCAGGGCUGAAGAAUCUCAGAGAACAUACACUGAUGGAGUUACUAGUGAUGCACAUGGAGGAACCUUGCUUUGACUUCCUCAGGACCAAGGAGACUCUAGGGUAUCACGUGUACCCUACCUGCAGAAACACUUCUGGGGUCCUGGGCUUCUCCGUCACAGUGGAAACUCAGGCAACAAAGUUUAACACGGACUACGUGGAGACCAAGAUUGAGGAGUUCCUGGUGAACUUUGGGGAAAAGAUAACCAACCUGACGGACGAGGCCUUCAAGACCCAGGUGACGGCUCUCAUCAAGCUCAAAGAGUGCGAGGACACACACCUGGGGGAGGAGGUGGACCGGAACUGGUUCGAGGUGGUCACCCAGCAGUACGUCUUCAACCGCCUCAACAGAGAGGUCGAGGCUCUGAAACACAUCACCAAAGCAGAGCUGGUGUCUUGGUUCAUGGAGCACAGAGACGCCGGCAGCAGGAAACUCAGCGUGCACGUGGUAGGCUUUGGAGAGAAGGAGAACACGCCGGCGGCCCAGAGCAGCUGUGACCCGAACAGCACCCCUGCAGAGGGCGAAGAGGGCCAAGGCCACGCCCCGAUGACCUCCUCCUAUGGAGAAGUGUCCAAGCUGACCUUCCUGCCUACCUCGCCCUUGCUGGCUGACGCCACGCUCAUCGAUGACAUCCGCAAGUUCACUUCCUCCCUCACUCUCUUCCCCUACCACAAAGUACUCAAAUAAAUUGGUUCCACAAAGCAGAAGUAGACUGGGGAGGGGGGUCAGUAGCUCAGGACUACUGAUCGGGCCAGGCCACAGAAUGCAUUGGCAACUUCAGAAAGGAAGCUUGUCUCUGUCCCUCUUCCUCUCCCACCCGUCUCUUUCUCCUCAUCCAAUGAUUUCAGAGAUUUCAGGGGGCAGGCACUGUUAAAGAACCAUGGUUGGUCGAGAGCUCAUAAAUUUUCCUUUUGUUCUCAUCAGUCAUUGGAUGAUUAGAAAAGGCGAAUACUGUUUUAGGUUGAGUGGUAGCUGUAAAUGACUCAGGGUUAGGCCUCCCAGAGGGCAGGCAGUGAGUGGAACCACCACAGGGAUUCAAUCAUGUCAUAUCUUUCAUACAUCAUCUGUGGACUUCACAUCACACACGCAUCAACUCAUGUCUUAACAGCUUAACAAUGUUCAGACUAAGAUUCAGUCUGUGGACAAAUGAAGUCCAUGUGUUUGUCAUUACGGUCUGACGAGGAGUCUGAUAUUUUUUACAUUUAUUUGGCGUUUUGACGAAUCACAUCAGAUUGGUCAACAGGCCGUUUAUUGAGGGGGAAUGAGUUUGCAGCCUAUGUCACACCAUUUCAGAUUAGUUUCCAAUGUAUUCUUUGAACUUGAGUCUGUUGGCCAAAAAGGGAAAGCUAACUGUUUGUGUAUGAUGUAGAUUUAACAUUUGAGCCCUACCUUGAAGACCACUGGACAACUGGCAUGUUUUAAUGGAUAUCCCGUUAUCAUCUGUAAUGUAAAUAUUUAUUAAAAGUCAAUGUACUA